AUGCCGUUAUGCAUUGACGAGGGCCUUGAACUGUGCCGAUACGCAUUGGAUGAGGCAAAAGUAGAUGCGGAUGCCUAUGCUAGAGAGACUGGUGCCACCUUCGAGGACCUGUCCUAUCUUGAGGUUUGUUUCACUUGUUAUCAUUCACUGUUGUUAUUGAGUAAAAUUUGUCAGUUCAAGCUUCAAGCUGAUUCAUAUGUAGUAUGA